AAUGAUAUUAACCCUUUACCCUUUCGGUUACAUACUUUUGCCAAAUUUUUGCUUUUGAUAAUUUGAUUUUGUAUUUUCUGAAUAUUUAUAUUAUUUUGUACACCGAGAUUUGCUAAUGGAGUGUGCCACAUGCGGUGGAUCAGAUUUUAUCAAAGAAUCUGGUUACUUCUACUGCAGUGAAUGCCAAACGCAAAGUCAAGAAGUGCGGGAACAUGUUUUCCAACAAGAAAUAUCAGAGAUAAAUACAAAGAGUACCAAGAAAAUCAGAGAAUCUAAAAAUGAUAAUCCUGAAAACAAGAUCACUAGUUGGGAGUGUUAUAAUAUCAUUAUGGCCUCCUUAACAAAUGAGUUGAUAGAACUUGGUGCCGACAAAUCUAUAAAACCAAUUAUUAAGUGCUUGUGGAUGGAAUAUUUGGUAAAGUUGGAGGUCAUCAACUUGGUUCAGGAGGAAGUACCAAAAUUGUCAAUAGUGAGGUCAAAGCGGGAUAGUGAAAUUCUCUAUGGACUUGGCAAAAAAAGAAAAAAAAGAGGCCGGUCUUUAUCUGAAGGAUCUGUCUCGGAAAUGGAUUCCACAACAAUAAGAAGAGAAAGGUCUAGGAAAAAGAGAGCAUUAGUUCAAGUUCAAUAUGAUGAAUUCUCACAACAAUCAAACCAAGAAUCCGCAUCCCUCCAUAAUGAGACUUUGACAAGCUUAAAGAGUGGCUCUGAUAAAUCAGGGGAGAUUGAAACCAAACUACAUUUCAACCGUUAUAGUAUGAGAGAAUUUCGUAAACAUAUGUCCAAAAAACAUUUCACAAAACAUAAGGCAGACAUCAGAAGAGAUUUAAAAUGUCACAGACUAUCAAUAACAGAAUGCUCAAAUGCUUAUAAAUAUGGGGUGCAUUAUGUUUCUCCAAUAAAGUUAUAUUGCAUUCUCUAUUUAGGGCUUCUGAUUAAUAGAGAAGAUAUACAACUUGGAGACCUAUUAAGGUUCAUAAGAGAAGGUCAUUUGACUUUCAACAAGUACACAGAUCUGUUUCCUGAGAGUUAUACCAAUAAAUACUUGAAUAUUCAAAAUAACAGUAAGAAUAACUUAUUUUCCAAUAAGCGUUUUAGAGUGGCAGCUGCCAAACUGGCAACAUUUCUGAACAUUAUCCCUUAUAUCAAAAUGCCAGAUUUAGUAAAGCUCAGUGAGCGGUACUGCAAAGAAUUGAACUUGCCAGAUGAGGUAUUCAUGGCAAUGAGAAAUUUCAUUUCAAAGACACUCAUUAAACUAAAAAUGGACCCUAAAAGAAAAAUCAUACCAAAUUAUGAAGCAAGAGUAAUGGCACUGAUUAUUUUCACUUUGAAAUUGCUGUAUGGUUUGGAUGGCAAAACAGAGGAUCAUUUAUCAAAAUAUGCUCAACUGGUGAAUGAAAACAACUUGAGCAACACAAAAAUGUUCAAUAUAAGAAAGUGGUUGGAAUAUAUAGGUUAUAGAAGAUUAGUUGUGAAUGACUAUCAUUUUCCAUCUUCUGAUGUGGUGAAUUCUGAAGUAGAUAGUGAUUUGUUAUUACAAUACAUAAAAUCACAUAACAUUGAAUUUGAGGCAGACAAAAAACUUACAAAAGAAAUGAAGGAUUAUAAGGAGAUCUUGACAAGGAUUAAAGAUGCACAGUAUGAUUAUUUCACUCAUGUAGAGUAUCCUCCAUCAUUGACACCUUUUCUGGAUUAUUCAAAAAUUAUAGAACAAACCUUCAACCCACACCUAGCAAGAAAUAUCUUCAACACAACCUUCCAGGAAGAGAGUCUGGAUUUCUUAUUGAGACCCAAUCCAUACCUGGCUGCCCUAAACAAUAAAACAGAAAUACAUGGUGGAGCAAAUGACAACUGGGUCAUGCAAGAAAUGAAAACUUAUAGGAGUGUCAACAAAUACAGUAAAAAUAAUAAUAAUCUUGUCACCAUUGAGAUAGUUAAAUCUGGGCCAGAUAAAAAUCUCCAAGAAGUAAUUGAACAAAAUAAGAAAAUUGUAACACAUAAUCUUGUACCUGAAUAUGUACAGAAACAAUACCAGGACUGCAGAAAGAAGACUUUUAAGGAAAAUGCAAAACAUGUCAGAAUGGUCAGUAAAGGUGCAAUACUAAAAUCUGAGAAAGCAGAUAUUGCUGUAGACUGCUACCCAACUCACUAUAACCCAUAUGAACGCUACUGGUUGUAUAUACAAAUGAAUUCAGAUUUGAUUAGCAAAAAGGAUUUUGAACAGUUUUACUUCAAUUUUAGCAGUAGUUUCAAGUUAGUGUUUGAGGAGUGUGCAAGGAUAAUAGAACAAAGUGUUCUGGAAUGUUAUGGUGAAUUCCAGUUAUCUGAGCUAUACUUGGUAUAUGUUGCAAUGUAUCCUGCUGGUAAUCAUUUGCUUAAACCACAAAAAAAAAUUAAGAACAAUUUCAGUUACUAUAUCAAGCAAGCUGAAAGUUUAUGGUAACUAUUUAAACUUUCAUUAUUUCAAGAGCAGUUUUUAUUUUGUACUUAUUUUCUCUGAUUUACUAAUGAUUACUAUUCUGUGCUUUUCUUUGAGGGCACAGACAAACCAUUAUAUAAUUAUAUCAUACAUGAAAGUGAGAUAAAUGAUUAUCUUC